AUGAGAGCAAAUUUGGGAACUAAAAUAAAGCAAAGUAAUACUUUGUGUAAAAAAUUCAAAUUUGCGUUAGAUAAAUGCGUUGAAAGGCCUAAAAUCGGUGCAAUCAAAGUAAUACAAUUAAAUAAUUACAUAUUAACUAUUUUGCAGUUAGCAGAAUGUAAACAAGAAUUAUCUCGAGCAUUAGACGAGCAGCGAUACAUUUUUGAAACUGAAAUUGAACGGCUAAACAGAUCGAAUCAAAUUCAAUGCGCAACAUUAGAUAGUAAAUUAGCAGAAGCUGAAAAAACUGUAGAAGAAUUGAUUCGAGAUAAAAAAAUUCUGGAGGCAACUCUUAGCAAAGAUACCAAUGAAAAAGAGCUAUCUAAAGAGAUUAGCAGUCUGAAUACUGCAUUGGAAAUGAAAUCAACAGAAAUCAGAACGCUGAGACAUCUGAAUGCAAAGUUGCAACUAAAAGUAGACGACAUACCAGCCAAAGAGAUUGACAUUAGCAAAUUGAAGCAUCGAGUUCAUGAGAUGAAGAAUUUGAUCGACCAGAAAAAUAUUACAGAAAAGAUUCUAAGGGCUAAAUUCGAAGAACUUCAGCGUUCAGCCAGAAAUGAGGCUGUUGUAUCAGAAUCAGUAAGGAAAGAAAAUGAUCUUUUAAGAUACAAAAUCGAAGAAAUGGAAUCUUCAACAUCAGAAGGAGAGCCCAGCAAAAUUAAUCAUACAAUUAAAUAUGGAACACCAGUAACAUCACAUCUCCGUGCAACACGUUUGUACCGUAGUGAACGACGACCCGGUACUUCAACGUCUGACCAAUCCACUAUAAAUAGCGAUCUGAUGACGAGAUCACUCGUGUCAUUAUAUCAAGAACAAGGUCGAAAUCGUUGUACUCGAGAAAAUAUUGAUACCAUCUAUACUCCUGAAGGAACAUUCAUCGCGAAAAAUGAUGGCUGUACAGAAAGGUUGUUAUUCGAUGAUGCGCAUGACGCUGACGAUGAGGGAACUCCACGCUUGUAA